ACACACACCUUUAAACUCUAACCCCUGAACCCCUGACCUUUAACUCUCCAACCAUGACAUCUGCAGGUACUGUACACACACCUUUAAACAAUAACCUUUAAACUCUAACCCCUGAACCCCUGACCUUUAACUCUCCAACCAUGACAUCUGCUGGUGUACAUCCUUCAAAUGCUUUGGGCUGCUGAGGGUAAUGCUUGGCUCUGGAUCUUAGCAGUCCCAUGUUUAGUUGAUUGUAUGUAGGGUGAAAGCAAGGUGCCAGAUGGGUUACAGAUGGUGUUGUCUGAUGCUAAACAGAAUAGAUGGGAGCUAGAUAUGGCAGUGAGGAGUACUACACUGUACUGAAGAAUAAUACGUUAUUGUCCAGAAAUGGUGUUCUGCUUCAUGCCAACCCCUUUGUGCAAGGUCAGGGAGGGAGCUUCCCUGAUUUAACUCUCCAUCUUUUUUGUUUGAAUGCAUGCUGGCCUUUUGUUUCAUUUCAUAUAUAUUUUUUCUACCCAUCUCUCCUUCUCUCCUGUACUGGUUUUCUGCUAUCGUCUGCCCGACCAUCCCUUCCUUUCUCCCCUCCUCCAACCUCCAUCCCUCCGGUCCCUCACACACAGCCCUAUCGCCACAUCUCCAGACCAGGGCUCCGAGAAGCCUUUGCAGACCACCGUGGUUCUGAUGAACUCCAACAGCAAAACCUCUCAGGGGUCAGGAGGGGGCAUCUCUGUGACAACACUCUGCCAGGACACCCCCCCAGCCUUCAAGCCCUCCAAAGGCCGGGGCAGGCUCUCCUUCAGGACGGAAUGGCUCUCGUUGCUCCGCCCCUCCACCGUCAACGGGACGCUGAAGUUCUCUCACUCUCUGAACGAUGUGGGCCAGCGAAUGGACAGCCUCUGUAGCGGACUGCACUUCAUAGACCGGACCUGUUCUGAAGGAGAGCUGGAUGUAAAACCUAAACAACCCAACACGGACCAGAAGUCCAAGAUGUUCAACAGCAAAGCAGCCACACUCCCACACCAGGCCUCGAACCAUCCUCCCUUCCCCACGCACACACUCACCCGCACACACACUCACCUUGUUCCCUCAUUCACCAACAACUACAAGUACCUCACCCACGAACACUGCCUCCAACCUCACUCUUCCGACGUCCCUCCUCCUCCACCACCACCUCCUGACUCCCACCUCCACCCGCCCAGCUCCAAACUCCUCCGCCUCUUCCUCCCCUUCUCUCGCUCCUCUACCUCUGCCAGUCUGCAGUGUUCUGAGCUGGGUAGCUAUGCCUCCCGCCUCCACGUCACCAAAUCCUCCAGCACCCUAAUGGGGGGCAAUGAGCCUCCCCUGGGGGGAACAGAGGGCCUCCUGGGGGAUGACGAUGUGUUUGAGAUCCCCCAAGGAAGGACCGGAACUUGGACAGGGGCUGGAGCCCCAGGAAGUGCCAGAAGCGGGGAUUUGGGUCUGCUUGGGGCAGCCCCCCUUUGCUACAUGGACGAAGACAGCGAUCUGGACCGUUUUUCAAUUCUAGACCAGUGUUCGUCACCUGCCCAUUCUGACAAAAUGGGGCCUCUCACGCCAGGCCCGCUCUCACCCUCUUCGCUGUCCGGAGACUGCUGCAGGUGGGUGAUUCCUGGAUUGUGACCCCCCUGUGCUGUGAAGUGGUAAACUCCUCCUGCUCACCCCCGUGCUGUGAUGUGGUAGAGACACAUAGAAUUCCAUGGCUGGAUCCUGCCUACGCCUCCUGUGAUAUGACGUGGUAGAGCCCUGCCCAUCCCUCCUGUGAAGUGGUAGUGACUGUGCGAUCAGGACUAGCUGGAAUGGAAUGGUCAGUCACACUGUGGUCUACUCUCCAAGUAUGCUUGCGUGGGUGUAUUUUAUUUUUAAAUUGAAAAAUAGAAUUUAAAUAAUUAGCUUGCUGGUUAUCCACAGGGACAGCAGGCGUGGUGGUGGCGGGGGGGAGAGACACAGACAGAGGAGAGAGAAUGACAAAAAGAAAGGGCGAGAGGGAGCAAGUGCUUUUGGAUGAAGGUGUUCUGAUUUAUCACUCCUCCUCUGUACCAGUGGAGGCUCCUCAGAGGAGGAAGGGGAGAACCAUCCUCCUCAGUGAAUUUAAUAAAAAUUGUGAAACAUUAAAAACGUUAUCCUUUUUAUAUAACACUAUACUAAAUAUAUUCAUUCACGUGUCACCAAAUAAUUUAUUAAAACACACUGUUUUGAAAUGAAGAUCUACAGUAGCCUCAACCACACUCUGUAGUGUAGCACUAUGGUGUAGCUGGAGGACAGCUAGUUUCAGUCCUCCUCUGGGUACAUGGACUUCAAUACAAAACCUAGGAGGCUCAUGGUACUCACCCCCCUUCCAUAGGUUGGAGGACGUCCUCCGGAAAUCUAUCAGAGCUCUUGCAGCAUGAACUGUUGUCCACCCAAUCAAAGGAUCAGAGAAUGAAUCUAGUACUGAAAGCAUAAGCUACAGCUAGCUAGCAUUGCAGUGCAUAAAAUGUGGUGAGUAGUUGACUCAAAGAGAGAGAAAGACAGUAGUUGAGCAGUUUUGAACAAAUUCAUUUCUUUAAAAAUGAAGGAGAAGCUAGAGAGAUGGAGUGAAAGCGGGCUAGCUAUAUUUUGUUGUAUAUUCACUUAGCUAGCGAAUGCAGCUAGCUAGUUUAGCCUACUCAAACACCAGGCUCAAACAGUGGAGGAUGCUAUGUUAGCUAGCUGGCUAUGGCUAUCCAACGCUGGAACCUCUUCCAAAUCAAGGUAAGCUUUUGGUUUUAUGAAUUUAUUUUCACCGAGGCCCGCCGAUGUAACUGCUAAACUGAUUGCUGAAUGUACACCGCACUGCAUGAUUGUAGUGGGUUCACUAGUAGCUAUGUUGACUAUGAUGUGAGCUAAUAUGCUGACAAGGAUGUAGGCUGUGUGUAGCGGUAAUGAUUUGAAGGUUUGGUCUGGAAAGGUUGUUUCGCCUGGUCACAGACAACUGAUGUGUUGUGCACUUAAGUCCACAAUUGAAGUGAAAAGGUGAGAGGAGAAGAGCGCGUAGAUGCGAUAAGGAAUUAUACAAUGAGCAAAAAUGAUCUGCUGUUUGUAUGUGGCUGCUAAGAAAGUGAACUGUGUCUGCAUGUGAUCAGGGGUGUAUUCAUUCCGCCGAUUCUGUUGAAAAACAUUUCUUAAACGAAAGAAAACGGAAAGAAACGGGGAUAAACAUACCUGAAUUUGUCCAAUAAAAACUCUUGUUUGCAACUGAUAGAUGAAGGCAAGAGUGUGCAAGGUGGUAUUGAAUGUGUCACUGUCUGCCACCUUGAUUACUCAAAUUUUUCGCUUGACCUGUAAACGUUCAUUCAUAGGCCAGGUUAGGGUGUAGCAACCUCAUGAUGGGUACAGGGAAAAUGUGAGUAUCAUGUAAUAGCCUAAACCUAUCAAUGUUACAUUGAACUGGGUGAAUGGAAUAUGAAUGACAGUCAUCCAAUAUGCUGUAAUAGAAAUAAGGCCAUGCUCAUAAAAAAAAAUAUUGUUCUCCCUCAUCUUAAAUUUUACCGACUGCCACUGCUCUGUACUUCCUGUAGUGUCAGUGGUUAAAUAACCUUUAUUUAACUAGGCAAGUCAGUUAAGAACAAAUUCUUAUUUACAAUGAUGGCCUACACCGGCCAAACCCGGACGAUGCUGGGCCAAUUGUGUGCCGCCCUAUGGGACUCCCAAUCACUGCUGGUUGUGAUACAGCCUGGAUUCGAACCAGGGUUUCUGUAGUGACGCCUCUAGCACUGAGAUGCAGUGCCUUAGACCUCUGCGCCACUCGGGAGCCCAAGGAGCUUUAAUUGGACCCUGUUCCCUUUAUAUGGGCCUAUGCACCCUGGUCAAAAGUAGUGCACUAUAAAGGGAAUAGGGUGCCAUUUGGGACGCACACAUGGACUUCAGGGUUGAGACAAUUCUAAUUUAAUUCCAGGCAAUUCAGAAAGUAAACCAAAUUCCAAUUACACAUUUUCCUAAUUGAAAAGCAUUGAAGAGAAUUGGAAUUUCAGUGUACUUCCUGAAUUGACAGGAAUUUAAAUGGAAUUGACACCCAACCCUGAUGGACUGAGAUCACCACUUAUCCAAAUCCUUCCUAUUUUGUCUGCUCUGUUCUGUUCUGUCCUGGCUGCUAACCUAAUAAAACAGUCUUUCUGACACAUUAUUGGAGUGGCUCUCCCUAGUUCAAGUUGACCUGAACAAGAGGAAAUGAUCAGAAAUCGAGCCAGCACAAAUGUGUUGCAAGAGAUAUCAGUACAGUGGGAGUUGGAGAGACAGAAUUUUGUUGCUGAGAAUUUUCAGAUGAGGAAAUGCAGACGAGCUUCUUGAUUUCCAUAAAUUCACUGAAAACCUACACUAACAUUAGAUUAUUUUGACAGUAUUGCACUUUCCAUGUAUACUUUAAGCCAUCUACUGUAAUAGCCUAACCACUGAUCAAGCAACGUUAAACUAAACGUUAAAAUCCUGUUACUGCAAGAUUAUUUUGCUGUGACAAUGUAGGUCAAAUGAAGAUCCUACAUCUCUGCAGGAAUACACAGACGUUAUAAUGAAGUUAUCUUUGUUUCUCUAUCAUCCUGUUUCCAUCAUCAUUUUAACCCGUGUUUCCCGCUGGCAUUUGAAUGCGUUCCAUGUCGAGAUACUCUCUGGCACCUGCCAUCUCACUAUCUCUGCUCAACAAGACGUCUUCUGGCUGACGGAGCAAGGCAAAUUUAAUCCCUGUUUCUGUAAUAUUCCCAGCAAGCCAGCAGUGCAUAAAAUGUACACCAAUACAGCCAAUUUAUUUGCCAAUCAACAGAGAGCUUAGGAACAGCUCACAGUCGUCUGGUAAAGCACUGUCUCACACAUCUGAAUACUAGUACACAUACUUUAUGAAUACCAUUAUGGACUCAGUCUGGUGUGGUACGUGUUGAUUAUAAUCUCUCGUUAACUGUUCUAAAUUAGUGAGACGGAUUGAGGGAAUCAAUUUGUUUUUCUCAGUGCUUUGCAGAGCUGCAUACAAACACACCACAACAACCUACCCCAGCAAUAAACACUACCUCUUCUUUAUCCCUCCAUCCCGCUCCAUCUUCCUCCUCCUCGACUCCUCCUUUGUUCAUGUUGUUGUUUAAUCUUGUGAGGCUUUGGGCAGAUCAAACUCAUUAUCCUCUUACCUGACUCGCUACACUCACCUCCCCCCUUAACCAAGU